AUGGCUACAAGGGGGUACAAGCAAGUAAUAGAUUGCAGGAUUUGUAAAAAUCGCGUGCUUUCGUCAGUAUGGAAGAUGCACGUUAUGGGGAAGAAGCACAUGCAUUAUACUCCUCAUAAAAUUACAGUCACUGGUGGUUUUGACAGUAAUAGAAUUGGCGACGUUCAUAAUUAUUUCAGUCAAUUCGGUACUAUAGGAACUAAAAAAGUCACGGAACAUGAUGGGAAAAUCGCAAUUGAUUACAUUUUUCAGGAUAAGAGGGCUCACUCCCUAAUCAUUUAUAAAGUACACAAUUUAUUUAAUCAGGAGUUGAAAGUCACGUGGGAUCAGGUCACCACGCCUCUUCCACAUCCCACAAACGCGGCUUUGAAUUCAAAGAAUCAAAGAAUUAAUUUGAGGGCCAAUCAAGCUGCUGUGGGGCGUAAAGGAUCGUUUAAAAAGUCUGAUUCUGAAGGCUCCCGACAGGCCAUGAUAGACAGCCUAACAGAAACCCAGUCUUUCACCGACCAGGUCUUACUUUUACAAACGAAACUACAAAUCAACAAGAUCGCAAACGAGAAAAAGAGAAAACUAAUCCAUGACGAUUUAACAACAGCUCUAACUCCCAUGUUCGCCCUCAACAAAAUCUACUUCUUCGGGUCAAGCGUGACAGGUCUGGACGUGCAAGGCAGCGACUUGGAUGUCUACAUAGCCAACGUCCGAGAACAAAAUCGCCCAGAGGUACAAACUCUAAAAAUAGUUCGAAACCUAAUUUUCAAAUGUCGCAAAUUCUGCGAUGUUUUAUUAAUCUCGGGGGCCAAAAUCCCGAUUAUCAAGUGCAUACAUACGAAAACCCAAAUCUGUUGCGACUUGAACAUAAAAAACAAGCUCUCUGUGUGUAAUAGUCAGCUGAUCAGGUACUACUUAAGUCUGGACGACAAGAUGCGCCCUCUGAUGGUUAUGGUUAAGUUCUGGGCGGAUUUGUACGAUUUGAAGAAAGUGAAUUUCUUCUCGAGCUACGCGCUAUAUAUGAUGGUGAUUUUUUACCUGCAGCAUGAACCGUACAAGAUACCGUCGGUGAAGGACUUGCAGAGGGAUAUCGCUGCGAAUAUCGUUGACGGGUGGAAUUGCGCCUUCGAGCUUCAGGGGUUUGCGAAUUCGGCGCUUAAGAACGAAUCGUUGGUGAAUUUAGUGGCAGGCUUUUUCAGAUUUUACAGUCGGUUUGACUACACGUCAAAAGUGAUUUCGGUUUUCAUGGGCACCGGGAUCGACAAGACACGUUUCGUGAAACCCUGCAGGCUGCCGAGUUGUUAUCAGCUAUAUGUUAACCAUAAAGACUCGCUGCUUGUCAAUUCUGGGAUCUGUAUACAGGACCCCUUUGAGCACGCUAGGAAUGUGGCGGCGUCUGUGCCUCUCCAGUGCGUAGGGAGAUUCAUCCACAUGUGUCGCAGCUCCCUAAGAUUGAUGGAGAACGGCGAAAGCGACUUGCAUAGCGUGCUUACACAAAAAGUUCCUUCUGAGUAUAAAAUUGAAAUUCAGAAAGCCGACGACGGUACGGAGGACGAGGACUGGGUCAAAUAUGUUAACGACCUAGUUCAUAAAAUUUUGGCUGAUAUUAUGAAUAUGAAAACGACGCAGACGCGCCACGGAAACCACGAAAGUUUCACUUGUAACAGUGAGCACGAUAUUUUUGACGGGAGGAUAAAUAUUUUGAGGAAUUUGACUGAGCUGCCGCCGGGCACGAAAGAUAUUGAUAAGGAAAUUGCCGCCACUAAGUGCAUUGUUAAAUAUUUACACCAACCUUUGCUCGUUGGGUUUUCGUUACAAAUGGAAUUUAAACGUGACCCGUGUCGAGUUAAUAUCACGCUGAGUCCUCUGAACAAACGGUGCAAGAACUUUUUGCACGCGUGCUUUUUCUUCCACGUGAGGUUGGAAAGAUAUCUGGCACCUGAAGUAGAGUCAGAUUUGCUGGCUGCAGAGGUUGACGAAGACCCCGCAGUAUCGGCCGUUACCCCGGAGCCCCCCUUGGACGUGAUGACUCAGAAAAGCGAUAAAUCCGAUAGCAACAAAGUGGGCGACGCUUCUUCAGGUAAGCAGGUAUCGGGGGGUGACGAGACAAACGAAAGUCGCACCGAUGGCGGCGGAACGUCAAAAUCCGGCGAAGAAAAACCUUCCUUUGAAGACGAAGAAGAAGACGUCCCUGCCGAUUUCUUCGAUGACUUCUCCAACCAAGAUUUUAUGGAUGGUUUAGACAUCGUGGACGCCUGGGAUGAAGACAAGAUAGGUGAAUCGGAGACUGGCAACAGUACGCGAUCAUCCGACAAGAAAAAGAGGACCCAUUCCCCGAUCAGGUUUGUCAGCAAGUCGCCGGAGCGGCGUUCCCGAAAGCACGCACGUUCACGAUCCAAGUCCCUCACCAGACGUUACGUCAAGCGGUCGAGCUCUCACAGCAAAAAGCGGUCUAGGUCGCGCUCUCGCGAGAAAAUCCGCAUGAGCGAUCGACGCGACCCCGAAAAAACGAAGCGAGACAUCCACAAGGACAAAAUCAAGGUAGCGAAAGACAGGGAGCAGAAGUUGGUGAACGACAAGCUAAGAAUAGUGGAGACGGGUUUGGUCCCCCCUGGAAUGGAAAUGGAAGCUGAUAUCAACACGAUUUUGCGAAAGGAGAAGGACAGGCAGCGCUCGGCCACCGGGAGCAGCGUGGAGAAAUCCCGCGAGCCGAAACUCUCCAGAGAAAGGGAGCGAGAGCGCGAACGGGAGCGCCGGUUCUUGCUGCGGAGCGCCAGCCGAGAGCAGGUGCGCAAACUCGUGCGGUACUCCCCGAGCCCGCCGCUCACGUACCGCGCCCGCCCGCGCGAACGGGAGCCGCUUUACCGCCCCCGCAAGCGCACCUCGAGCAUGGACUCGAACCUGUCCGAGCGCGAGCUCUGGAUCCGCUCGACGCGCAAACGCAGCCGCUCCCGUGACUCGCCGCUUCGCCGCGCUAAGGCGAAAAAGUACGAGGAGAAAAAAAAGAAAACCUUCUUGGAGGAGAUCCGGGAUAAGCUGAACGAGACGCGGACGCCGCUGCAGAUCCAGCCCAACUACGGGAUGCAGCAGUACGCCGCCGCGCAGGCCCCUGCUCCCGUGCCCGCCCCCGCCCAGUACUUCCCGCCGACCCCGACUCCGCAGCAGUACGACCAGAGCUUCUUCAUCGGGGACGCGUACCAGAGCGUGAGCCAGCCGAGCAUGGUUAUGGGGCAGCCGAUGCGGUUCAACGUGGCCGGAGGCGGGGGCGUGAUGCAGGUGCAUCCGGUGCAGCACGUGCAGCCGGUCCAAGCGCCGCCGCCACCGGCCGCUCCCGCCCAGGCUAAGUUGCCGCCGAUCAUAAAGCCGCAGGCGCUCGUUUCGCCUAAGAUUAAUAUUUUGAGUGACAUUACGGUGAAAGCGAAGGUCGCAGAAGCGAAAAAAGAGCCGCCGAGGGAGAGCACGGAGGAUAUCGAUAAACUGUUUGCCGACAAGAAGAUUUCUCUUUCUGAUUUUCUGACUAUCACUGCUAAGUGUGAAGUUCAAUCUUCAAGCCCCGAGCACCUGCAGAAAAAAAUCAAGGUAAUAUCUCGGUGUCAAGACGCAGUCAAGGCGAUGAGCGACGACCGCAAGUUCAACGGAAGACUGUCGGUGAAGCCGUCCUUCGAGCACAGGAACAAAGCGGACAGCAAGUAUCAGUCGCCCUUGCGCCGAAUACCCGUCGUGCGCUUCCAGUUCACUUCGCCGAUGAAAACGUCCGACGAAAUGGACAGUUUCUCCGUAGCCCUCGACAAAAUCCUCCAAAAAAUCGGGGUUUUGAAAGAAACGGUGGACGUUGAGGCGACGGCUGAAACCGUACCGAACUGGUCCAACAGCUCGUUCGCCGACGAAGAAACCGUCGCGUUGACGCUGAAAGCGUCGCUUUUGAACACGAAGAGAGUCGAUGCGGCGAGGAGUGAGUGUGAGGAGUGCAGAAAACGUAAAAUGAAAAGUUUCGCGGAAGUGGGAUCUCAGUGUGUGGACAAUAACGAUAGGGUGACCGUGGCGACGCAAGUGACCGAGGAGGAUUUGAAUCCGACGAAGGGACUGCCGAAGAACGACUCGAUAGCGUACUUGACGCCUGCGCAGCUGCUGGGGAAGGAAAUCCAGAAGGAGAAGGAGAGAGAGAUGGAAGUGGAGGUGACGGCGGCGGCGGCGGCGGCGACUCCCGAAAAGGUCGCGGAAAAGAAGAUCGAGAGUCCGGUGGGCGCACCGCCGAAGAUGAAAGCCAAGCCGCCGACUUUUAAAACUAGAGGGGCGUUCCGAAAAACUCUCAGGGACCGGCCGAUUAAUAACUACUAUGAGUAUGACCAUGAGGAGUUUUAUGAUGUAGGGCCGACGAUGUAUGAGGAUCCCAGAGAGAAUUUCGGACGGCGGUACGGAGGCCCGCCGGGACUGCCUCGAACACCUCAGACUCGCUUCCCGAGACCGUCGUAUAUCGAAGACGAGGAAAUGGCGCCGAUGCACCCGCACAGACUACAUCAGUUCGUCGAAGAAGAAGGGAACUUCACGGACUUCGCUCAACCCUUCAGGGGCGGCAGAGGUGGCAGAUUUCCUAGAUAUUAAGUGCUUUGUACAUUUUCAUUAAACUUGAUAUUACUUCACUGUUAUGUCAAACGUUGUUGGAGUUUUGAGUUCCUAGUGAUACAGAACAUUCGAACCAAAAACUUUCCGUAUUUGACCCUAUAUGUUACGUUAAGCGUAGAACUUAAUUUUCUUAUGUUAAUAAUCUGUUAUCGUGUAUGAAUAAACAGAAGCAUGCUU